ACACAAAAUAAGUGCACGCACUGCACAUAGGUAGUGCAAAACGCAAUUCUAAUUAUUAUUUACAUAAAAUAAUGCAAAGUAGUAAAAUGACAUGAAAAUUAUUAUGCAUACAUUUGUUGACGGGGCAUAACUAAACAAAUAUAUAGCAGAGAUCAUCCAACACUGGAAAGGUGAUAUGCUCGUGAAGUUUACAGUGUCUAGCUUUUGGAUUCUUCCAACAUGUCGAGCUCGUACCGAAGCAGGAUCCAGGAAUUCAAGGUGGCCUUGAUUGAAGAGAAGCUAGACUUGAAUGCACUCCGGGAACUUUGCUUCAGCGGUAUCCCAUUUGAAGGAGGCAUCCGUGCACUUUGCUGGAAAGUCCUUCUAAACUACCUGCCUCUGGACCAGACGAUGUGGGAUUCCUUUCUCAAAAAGCAGAGGGAGGGUUAUUCCCAGUUCCUGAAGGAGAUGAUUAUCCAGCCCGGCAUCGCUAAGGCCAACCUGGGCCUCUCCAGAGAGGACGUGACCAUGGAGGACCACCCUCUCAACCCCAGCCCAGAGAGCAAGUGGAACAACUACUUCAGAGACAACGAGGUGCUGCUGCAGAUUGAUAAAGAUGUCAGGCGUCUGUACCCAGACAUGGCCUUCUUCCAGUGGCCCACAGACUACCCAUGCCAGCUGAUCCUGGACCCCCAGAAUGACUACGAGACCCUCAGGUGCCGUGUGGAACAGACCACCCUCAAGGCCCAGACUGUGGACCGCAACCGCAGCGGGGUCACCAACGUGAGCUCCCCGGGCAAGGCCCUCAACCUGUACCCUUCCAACGAGUAUGAGGUGCUGCCCAAUGGCUGUGAGGCCCACUGGGAGGUGGUGGAGCGCAUCCUGUUCAUCUACGCUAAGCUCAACCCGGGCAUCGCCUACGUGCAGGGCAUGAACGAGGUGGUGGGACCCCUCUACUACACCUUCGCUACCGACCCCAACGACAAGUGGAGAGAGCACGCUGAGGCGGACACCUUCUUUUGUUUCACCAACCUGAUGUCGGAGAACCGGGACAUGUUCAUCAAGAGUCUGGACGACUCACAGUGCGGCAUCACCUACAAGAUGGAGAGCGUCUACUCCAUGCUCAAGGAGAAGGACAUGGAGCUCUACAUUAAACUGCAGGAGCAGAACAUCAAGCCUCAGUACUUCACCUUCCGCUGGCUGACCCUGCUGCUGUCUCAGGAGUUCCUCCUGCCCGACGUCAUCCGCAUCUGGGACACGCUCUUUUCCGACCAGGACCGCUUCAACUUCCUCAUCCUAGUCUGCUGCGCCAUGCUCGUCAUGCCUGUCCUGUGUGGUUUCAGACUGAUUCGAGAUCAGUUGCUGGCAGGCGACUUCACGAUCAACAUGAGACUGCUGCAGGACUACCCCAUCUCAGAUGUCCACACCAUCCUGGCCAAGGCCAAGGAGCUUCAGGACGGGUCAUAGCCACCCCUACCUCCCUUCUCCCUUCCUUGGUUGGGGAGGGGAGGAUGCAACAUUAAACUGAUAACCCUGGGCACAACAAAGGAGGGAGAGGAAGACACCUGGCGCCAGGUUUGGUACAAGGUUGGUCGGAGAAACCAAACUCGGUACUUAGGCUUGUCAUCUCACUCUCACGGCCUGACAGUUUUUCCACUGGGAGGGUGUGUGGCCUCAAGCUAUUUAUUUUUGCACUGAACACUUGAAAAAAAGUGUACAAAUCUGCAUAUAUGAAGCAGAGAAACCACAGUAACGAUUACAACAGAAGCAUCAUUAUAAAGUCCGCCAGGGCUAAUAUCACACUCCCAGGUUUUUUUUUAGGGUGUUUCUUUUUAGUGGGUUGGGAAUAACUUUUUUUUUUUACUUUCAAAGUGAAGUUUUUUUUUAAUCAUUAAUAUGAAAUAUAAUACUACCAUGUAAAGACUAACCAUAAAAACAGCAAAAAAAAUGUUGCCACAGGGUUUGCUUUAAAGUAUAGAUUGUUAUGACAUUGGGCCUCAACGCAAGCAUCCUCUCUCUGUUUUCAUGACCGUGCUCAGAUAUUUACUCUAACGCACAUGAGAUACACGUCUGGACAGUUUAUAGCUGGAUGUAACCUGAUUCCGUGUCUAUGGAGUCGCCAAUAUUAAUGUAUGUUUGCUGUCAAACCAAUGGGAUGUGAAACUUGUUUUAUACAUUUUUUUGGUGUGUCAUGUAGCAGAAGCUCUUAUCCAGAGCCACUUACAGGUGCAAUUAGGGUUAAAUGCCUUGCUCAAGGGCACAUCGGCAGAUUUAUCACCUAGUCGGCUUCUGAAUUCGAACCAGCGACCUUUCGGUUACUGUCCUAAAGCUCUUAACCACUAGGCUACUUGCUGUCUGACCCACUAACCUGAAAUUGAUACAUUGAUGACGAUGAGAAGGUUGCUUUUGAUGUGAGGGCAUUACUAAGCAAACAAAUCAAUCCAAUUAAAUUGGGCAUUCAUUUUUUUAUAAUAUAUUUUGACCUAUCUCUGGUCGCAUUGAGUGGCCAGAAUAAACCAGAAUACAUUAAACAUGAAUGACGUCUUGUAAAUGAAGCAUAACACAUUUUGCAUACUGUAAGAUUAUUACAGAGAACAAAUGAUUGAUAAUAGUAGCUGAAUAUUUAUCAUGGAUAAAUGACUGACAUUGAAAGGCUAUGAUGAUAGCAUUUAUGUAUUCACAUAAUGGAGUUGACAGAUAAGAGUUGAAAAAUUACGGAGUUGAUUACUUAAAAUCACUAUGAUUGAAUGUUAUAGAUUAUUAUUUUAUUUUUUUAAAUGCUAACACUUACCACAAAGCUAAGACACCCUUGAAAUGUAUUUACCUUUUCAAACAGUAGGACCUUCAUAAUAAUGUGAUACUAAAGUACACAGAUAAUGACUUGCUUUGUUUUCAUCAAUAUUGUGAGAAUGAUACAACAGUUACCUUUUUACUGUUUGCAUUUCAGUUUUAUUAGCAUUCCCUAGAAAUUCCAAGUAUCACCAUCCCUUUCAGUGGCAAGAUGGUAUCAGUCUAUAUUCUUUUCUUUUUACAUAUUUUUCUCCCCAAUUCCGUGGUCUCCAAUUGUCUUAUAGCUGCAACUCCCGUACAGUCUCCGGAGAGGCGAAGGUCGAGAGCCGUGCGUCCUCCGAAACACAACCCAACCAACUGCUUCUUGACACAAUGCCCACUUAACCCAGAAGCCAUCCACACCAAUGUGUUGAAGGAAACACUGUACACCUGGCGACCGUGCACUGCGCUCAGACCGCCAAAGGAGGCGCUAGUGCGCGAUGGGACAAGGACAUCCCUGGCGGCCAAACCUUCCCCUAACCUGGACGACGCUGGGCCAAUUGUGCGCCACCCCAUGGGUCUCCCAGGCGACAGAGCCUGGACUCAAACCCAGAAUCUCUAGUGGCAUAGCUACUGUUGCACUGCGAUGCAGUGUCUUAGAUCACUGCGCCACUCAGGAGGCUUCAGUCUACAUUCUAACACUAUUUCAGUAACAAGAUGGUAUUAGUCUACAUUCUAACACUAUUUCAGUAGCAAGAUGAUAUUAGUCUACAUUCUAACACUAUUUCAGUAACAAGAUGGUAUCUUCCUACUGAAAAAUUGCCUAGACAGGAAUUGGUACAAAUUGACAGUCUGUGACUAGCGAUGGUUCAAUGUGGCUUUAUUGUACUAAAGUGAGGUAGUAAGAGAUACUGUGCUGAGUAUUUUGACACUGAAUGAAAUGGGAACACUCCUAGUUCAAACAGCUUGGCUUGGUCGAUCAGUGUGUCUAUAAUCAUGUCUUGAUCUUAAAGGCCCAGUGCAGUCAAAAACUUGAUUUCCCUGCGUUUUAUAUAUAUUUCCACACCAAGGUUGGAUUCAUACUGACAUUGUGAAAAUUAUGAUAAUGCCCUUUUAGUGUAAGAGCUGUUUGAAAAUACUUCCUGAAAUGUCAGCUUGUUUUGGUGGGAGGGAGUUUUGGCCUUCCAUGGUGACAUCACCAUGUGGUGAAUUGAUUAAUAAAGAUUUCCAAACCUCUCUGCCAAUAACAGCUAGUUUUCAGUUCCCCCUCCCUAGUCAGAACACUCCCUGACAGUCUUAGCCAAGUUCUUGCUUGCUUUUUUUGUGACCAUUUUCAUUUAAAAGAAUCACAGUAAGGUACUUAAUUGUUACCUAGACAUUAUUUGUUACUGGUGUGGGGGGAAAAACCCAGCUGCAUUGAACCUUUUAAUGAAUGUAUAUAAACAGUGACAAAUCCCCCAUUGAAGGUUCAGUAAUGACAAAGAAGGAAAGUCUUGUCUUCCUGUGAUUCACAAACGUUUGUUGUCAAUGAUGAAUGGUUUAUGGUUCUCAUUUUCUCGUUCUUGCUCUAUCACAAUUUUUUUCCUUUACUUUUUUUCCAUUUUUCCAUGACUCUUGCCUUUCUCCCACCUCUUCCUCCCCUCCUUGCCCUGUGAUUUUGAGGGCUUGUCCAGGAUAGGGCUAGCAGCAAGACAGUAGGCCCCGUGCCACAGUCCGCCUGCCAACCGCCAUGCACUGCCAUUCUCCCUCUUAUCAUAUCGCUCUGUUUCUCAUCCAGCAGACAUUCAAUUUGUGAACCACAAACUAUCUGUUUUACAGCUAUAUUGAGACUUUUAGAAAGCAGCUCACUGCCUCUGGUCUCAUCUCUGCCAACCGUUUGACGGUAGACAGCAAAUCCUAUGUGGCAAAAAGCUACUAUAAUUGUGGACUUGAGAAUCGCAGGGCUAGAUAGGGAGAAUGCAUACUCAUCAUGAAAUAUAAUCAUAUAUUUUGUAAUCCUGCAUGUCGAUGGCUUUUUCUGUAACAUUUAUCCUUUAUCCUGGCUGAACAGUCUUUUGUCCUUGUCUGUUUGUUAUUCGCACCACAUUGUCCUUGGUGUCAGAUGAAUGUUUGUCAUGCCACUGCUACACAGGGCAACAAUGUAAAUUGUCCAGCGUAUUGUGCUCUGAUUUGACAUAUCCUCCAUUGUCUUAAAAAAUCCUUAACGUCUUUGACUAUGUGGAAGGACAACAUUGCAUUGUUGCCAGUGGCGAUUAUAUAAAUCUGUAUAGUGAUUACAUCAGGAAUUUGACAAUGCUUUGUGUAGCCAUAUUAUUCUCUAAGGCUUCUUCUUUGUGUAUUUUCAGGCCCUUUUAUAAUAAAUGCCAAGUGUGCAACAAGUACAGUUUUUACUUUA